UCUACUCUUUACUUGUCAUUAAUUACUACUGAUUACUAAAUAUUUACAUAAAUCUAAUGAAAUCAAAUGCCUUCUUCUAAUAACUGAUUCAUAUUCAAUGCCCCAGAAUUAAAUCUCCAUCAAAAUCUCUUUUCUUAUUUGCUGGAUCAACUUUCCCAUUUCACAAUUAUAUUCAUCUCUCUCUCUCUUUUUUUCUUUUUCUCUGUGUCUCUAAUGGAGGAUGAUGAAGCAUGCAACACAAGCCUGCGUCUUGGGCUUGGCUCCGGCGACCAUGUUUCGAGGAAGGAGGAGACACGUGGUGAUUAUGAUGAUGAGGAGGAGAUGAGGGAGGAAAAGCCUCUGGUUUGCUUGGACCUUAUGUUUCCGACAGAGGGAGCCGUUAACGUGGAUCACAAGGCAGACAGAUCAUUACCGUUCGGAAAAUUCGACGGAGACGAUGAUUACCCGAAUAUGGAAAACGAUUCCGACAUCCACCGGAGCAAGGACGGCCGGAGAAAGAAACUUCGGCUCUCUAAAGACCAAUCCUUCUUCCUUGAAGACUGCUUCAAACUCCACAGCACCCUUUCUCCGGCCCAGAAACAGGCAAUUGCUGGGCAAUUGAAUCUGAAGCCGAGACAAGUGGAAGUUUGGUUUCAAAACAAAAGAGCAAGAACAAAGUUAAAGCAAACGGAAGUAGACUGCGAAUUCCUGAAGAAAUGCUGUGCAAAUCUAAGGGACGAGAACAGAAGAUUGAAGAGAGAAUUGGAGGAGCUACGGUCGCUAAAAGUAGGAUCAUCACCACCACCAUAUAUUCAACUCCCAAAGGCUGCAACCCUUAGAAUGUGCCCGUCGUGCGAGAAAAUCGUAAAAGCAAGAGAAGGGAAGAACGCCGUCGUCUUCGAUGCCGUUGGCCGGAGGAAUAAGAAAUUGCAAAGCGGGUUUGACGGCACAAUCUGACAGAGAGGUUGUAAUAUUGGUUCAUAGGCGCUAUCGGUGCAAGUUUAACAACCCUACUUAAUAGUGCAUAUAUCGGACGGGGAUCACGCCAAUUACAGUGCAAGUUUAAUCUUACCACCUAGAUAUUCGAGCAGAUAGAUUUCAUAGGAAGCUUAUUACUUUAUUUGUCCAAAUUACUACAGUGAAAUAAUUAGAUUGUUGUAGAUCCCGGUCCGAUUAACGGUUAGUUAGACUCACCCAAAUAAGUUUUUAUGGUUAAGAGGUGACCCAAGUGUUCCACUUAUUACAAAGUAUAGGGUAAGAAUAAAUUGUUGAAAUUUUAACAGAUGGUAUGGUUAUGCCCAGUUUCUUGUAAUCAUUGAUUUGACAGGAAAGUUGAUGCACAUCUCUAUCUCUCUCUCUUGAAUUGGAUAAAAUCAGACAG